CUAGCAGCUUUUGAAGAACGUCUCCUCGUCACGUAGCUAUCAUUCAUGGCUCCAACUCCAAGUCAUGCGCCGGAGACGGGACACGCUUCAACGGAGGAGCAGCCGCAGCCCAAGGGCAUCCUGGAACGGAUGCACAAGUACCUCCUCCUGCUUGCCAUCCUCGCCGCCACGGUCACCUACAACGCUGGCCUGAGCCCCCCCGGCGGAGUCUGGGCUGACGACGCCGAUGGCCACCUCGCCGGCGACCCCGUGCUGCAGGCUCACUACGCCGCGCGGUACAAUGUGUUCUUCUACUGCAAUGCAACGGCGUUCGCGGCGUCGCUGGUGAUCAUCAUGCUGCUGCUGAGCAGCACCUUCAGCUUCCACGGAUACCGCGUCCGCGCGCUGCAGGCGGCCAUGGUGCUGGACCUACUGGGGCUCAUGGGCGCCUUCGUGGCGGGGAGCUGCCGGAAGGUGAGGACGUCGGCGUACGUCGUGGCGCUCGCCGCCGCCAGCGUCGCGUACCUCGUCGCGCACCUGCUGCUGCACUUCUGGGUCCGGAGCAACCGCUGCCCGUCCACCCGCCGGGAGGUCUCGGAGCUGCUCAACCUGCACCGUCUGUGCCACUGCUGCUGUUGCUGUGGCCGGAGGGACGAUGGGGCUGCCGCGCAAGAUGCACCCAGAGGGACACGCGCACGCGUGUGAUUUUUUAUCAAGGUUGUGGUCCGGUGUUUGUAAGGUGUGCGAGUGAAAUAUGCCAUGAGACGACGUUUGCUCCACGAGGAAUCCGAUCUUUGAUGCUUUGACAAGUGUCAAAUAUUUACAACUAU